AGUGUUUAUUUCCUAAUUCAUACGUGAAAAGAGAAACUCAUUCCUGAAGAUGGAAUGAAGAAACAGCAAAAUGCACAUUGGAAUUCUAGCUACAAGCAAUAUUCUGGUUUGUAUUAUCUCUGUUUAUCUGUAUACAAAAUUUGCUUCAGAGGAUUUCAAAUUAGGACAGAAAACUAAAGAGAUAAGCCAUGAUAAGAUUGACAUGUUUCAUACCAUGCAUUGGUGCUUUGAUCACCAAUCAAGAAUUUGUCGUUUUCAAUCACUUUGCUAUUAUCCAUUUGAAGAUCAGUUUGUUUACCUAGUUAACAACUCCAGCCAAGAAGAAUUGAAAUCAACAUUACUGUCGCUGUCAUUUUCAUCAGUGUCUGAAUUGGAUGCAUUUUCAUUUGCACCAGUUUUUAUAAGUCAAAACUUUUCCAAACUCAAAAUCCACUGGUUGGGUGGUAAUGUAAUGUUAUUUAAGAGAUUUAAACCAGACAAUAUAAUGCAUGUGUUGCAUGAUGAUGUUCUACCUCUAUAUCAUACACUACAAUUCCUAGGUGAGAGAAAAUUGAAACUUUUGUUCAUGGAUAAUUUCACACAAGGACCAUAUGACAUAUUCUACAAACUAUUGGCUGAUGUAAGAUAUAAACCUAGUGCAAAUAAGCAAGAACUUGUUUGCUUUGAAAGUGCUUUUAUUGGUGUAUCUCCUGUGUCUAAGUGGUAUCAAUAUGGUUAUCAUGGAAAAGUUCAAGGACCAGUGGCUAAUGACAAACUGAACUCUUUCCAUAUACAUGGUGCAACUUCCAGCAUUAUGAAGAAACUAAAAUCUGCAACCAAUAAUCAGUAUAUAGGGGAUUAUCUUGUGCUGAUUUCUAGGACAGAGACUCGAAGAAUCUUGAAUGAGAAAAAAUUGAUAUCCAAGAUUGAAUUUGAUACCAAGAUGAAAAUAUUGGUUAUUAGUGAUGGCGACUUCAGUGAGAUGGUGCACGUAGUCCAGGCAUCAAGAGGAAUUAUUGGAAUGCAUGGAGCAUUGUUAAUUCUGGGAUUGUUUCUCAAACCCGGAUCAAUUCUGAUUGAAUUAUUCCCAUAUGCUGUGAAUCCGGAUAAUUACACACCUUAUCGGACUCUGUCAAGCAUACCCGGAAUGUCCAUUAUCUAUAACAGUUGGAGAAAUAAGGAAAAGACAAAAUCCUUCUUCCACCCAGAUUAUCCACCGGAAGAAGGGGGGAUUAGACAUCUACCUGAGAAGAUUCAGGCUCAAAUUAUGGAGCAAGAGGAGGUUCCUUUACACAGCUGUUGCAGUGAUCCAGCAUGGUUAUUUUAUAUCAAUCAAGACACAGAAGUAAAUGUGGAGGAGGUAGUGCACAUAAUACAGAAAGCUCUGACUGAAAGUAACCUAUUCACUGGUCCACAAGUUAGUGACAAAGAACUCUCAGUAGUUAAACAUCUACAGUGUUCUUGUGCUGAUAAUAAACUCACACUGAACUGGGAGAAACCUUGGAAUCUGGACUACAUUGGUAUUGACAGUGUGCAGUAUAUGAUUGGUGUUCAAAGCAGGCAGUUAAAGUCUUAUAAAGUGUAUAUUGUAAAUGUCAUUUCAUAUGUAAUUGAGGAUGGUAUAGACUGCAAUGAUACAUACAAUGUUUGGGUAAAUGCAGAAAUGAAUGGUGUCAAAGGAGUUGUACAAUACAUUGAAUGUUGAUAAAUGUAUUCAAAUUCUUUA